CGUGAAGUGUUCGUGAUGGACUCUGCCGUUCCAAUGCGCUAUGUUGAUCAAUCUCAACUGAACUAUCGCAAACCCGAACAGAAUGCGUGUUAUGAGAUAGUCAAGAAAGUCGUCAAUUCAGAUGCCAGAGAACAGGAUGUUUGGGAAUUGAAUCGGAUCAGUCGUGGAACGCCGGAUACCACGACAACUUUGUACAGAACUCUACCGAGAAAUUCCAACGGCUCUCGUUUCCCGCCGCCGAUUGCAACAUGGCAGAAGCUUUUGCCGGAUGGCUCCGUGGUUAGUGUGGACGUUGACGUGAUGGCCCAAUGGCGAGAUGGCAUGGACCUCUCGAGGCGCAACAUCGACUUCGGCAACGUGGAGAACAAUUCCUCGGAUUACCCGCCUCUAGACGACAUGGACCUGCUGAACAGCGGGAACAGGCUUGUUCGCUUUGAGAACGAUGAACAGAUUUCUGACUCGGCCUCGGACGAGGCCAUUGCCGGAUCCGACCACGAGGAAGGAGUGAUGAUCAAGACGAAGGACUUCUCUGCGAUGCCUCCGCUUGCUUGCCCUGGCUGGGCACAACAACUAGUCGGAGGCUUCCGAUUAUCCUCCUGCCCUCUCCCUUAUUCUUCCUCACCCCCUCUCACUCGGAAAUUGGCUGUUCUCUCGCUGUCCAUAAGCUCUUUGCCACACCCCCUACUUUCAUGUAAUUUACGCGCUGGUCUAUCGAACCAUUGAAGAGAACAGGCUCC